GGACGAGAACGCUUUUCGUAAACCAUCGGUUCUGCCACCGAGAACUUCGCAAGUAAAGCAACUUUACUAAUGCUGGUCAAGUUUCGACUUCUCUUUCGAGGUUGGUACCUCAGCUCAGCAUCAUUUUCAGAAGCUCCUCCGCAUUUUUUCUGUUUUUCUUCUUACAUUUGCUCCAAGCUCGUUUUUAAACUAAGUUCAGCACGAUAUAAUAUAUAAGCUCCGCACAAAGGUACAGCUUCUUGGCAAUUAUGUAGCAGUAUUAUGUUAAAUUACAUGGAAGUUGCGAUUUCACAAAGUAGCUCUGAGCUAUGGUCGCUGUGCAGUUCUGGUUGAGAAUAAUCGGUUAAUUCUAGUUUUAUGCUUUCAUAUUAAGUCUUCUUAAGUAGGGAAAAUGUGGGACAAGUACAGGGCUUGUUAGCAUGUUGAUUAAUGUCUAAAGCUUUGUUCUGGUUUUAGCUUACUGAACUCAUCUGAUGCAUGAAACCAAUGAUGGUUCAGAAUCAUGCAGUAUUACAUAUUUGUCUAAGAGGUUUAUGAACACAUAAUUUUGGAUGGAUUGGUAUACUUUUAGAGGCUAUUCCUACUUUUCCACUUUGAAUAUGUGAAUAACAGAUUUCAGGGUCGUAUUAUUCUUUAGAAGUUAUGAGCAAAUGUUGUUAAAAUAUCUUUGAUUGGAUAUGAAAUUAGACCUACUGAGGUCAGUGAGAAAAAAGCAUCAUAUACCUUUCUAGAUUCUAAGUUGUCUUACGUACCUGCAAUUCUAUGGAGAAGAAACAACUUGUGUUAUUAUAAUAUGUAUCAGGGUCUGUAAUGAUAUAUAGCUGUUUCACUUGUCCGUUUGGAAGUUAUAGGCUUCAUGACAAGAUCUUGGCUCUGCUUGGUAAAAGUAAAACUGCGGAUACCAAGUAUCUCUUGAUUCUUCAAUACCAGAGUGCUAGAGUCCCAUCCAAGUUUUCAGCUCUACUUCAGUGCACCAAGAUAUUAACUACAUGGAGAGCAUGAAUGGCACCAAAAAGAGAUAUUGGUUGGGAGCACGCUGAGCCAGGGGGGGGAUAAGAAAAUUGUCCAAUGCCGUUACUGUGGGAAGAUUAUACAUGGGGGAAUAACUAGAUUGAAACAGCACAUUGCUCACAUUGCUGGACAAGUGGGAGCUUGUCCUGGAUCUCCUCCAGAUGUGACAUUGGAAUUGAAGAAGCAUCUAAAUGAUGGGAAAAGCGAAAGGGCAACAAUGAAAAAGAGAAAGGCAGCAGCUCUCAAUGCUUUCUACAAUAGAAGUUUGUGUGGGUACAUGCAUGCUACUGAUGAUGAGAAUGAUGAUGAAAGUGAAUGUGAUACUCUUGAAGAUGAAUUGUUAUCUUUGGAAAAAAUGCAACUUAUGUUAGCCAUGGAAGAGAGUCGUCAAACGGCUCUAAUUGAGGAAUUACACCACAAGAGUCAUGUUUCUAGAUCCCGCCCUGUUACAGUAGGUUGCGGUCGAAGUUUGUCUACUGAGGCGAAUGUUAUUAACUGCAAUGACGAUGAUGAUGGGCAGGAUAUUGAUCAGAAGGGUUUGUCAGAUAUGGAAGUAAAGCAACUUAAGCAGGCCUUGAAAGAGAGCCGCUACACGGCUUUUCUGGAGGAAGAACAACGAAACUGCAGCACUUCUUCCAGCUUUAGUGGCAAGGAUGGUGAAAGCCUGGAACAGAUAGCACCUCUUGUAUAUUUCCGGCAGAGGAAAAAUCUAUAAAGAAUCAUAUUGUCAGAAGGCCCUUAAGGCUGUCAACUCUGUGUAUUUCAACGAUGUGGAAGUGGGAAAAAUUAGCUGCAGAAUUGAGGAAGAUGCAACAGAUUAGUCUACAAAUUAAAAUCUUGAGGCGUGAAUUGGACCAUCAAAGAAGGAAGAUGCAUCUUGCAGAGCAAGGAAAUGAAAGGCUGAUGGGAGACUUGGUGCAUAUACAGAAAGAAUUGAAUCAUCAAAUAAAGGAUAGAGAAAAGAGCCAAGCUGAGCUUGAACACAAAACUUUACGCAUUGAGAAGGAACAACUGAUAGCUCAGAUUGACGUACUGAAAAAGACAUUGGCUGAAAAGGAUGAUGAGCUUCAGGAUAUGGAAGCUCUAAACCAGACACUAAUACUUAAAGAGCGAUCAAGUAACCUUGAGUUACAGGAUGCACGAAAAGAAUUGACAAGUGUUUUGUCAAAUUUAGUGGAUAGAACCACAAUUGGAGUUAAAAGGAUGGGAGAGGUUGACCAAAAACCUUUUCAAGACGUUUGUGCAAAGAAGUUUUCUCGCUCAGACUGGGAGGUUAGAUCAGUGGAAUCAAUCUCAUUGUGGCAAGAAAAAGUAAGCAACCCAGGCUGGCAACCAUUCAAGAACACCUUAAAAGAUGGAAAGUGGCAGGAAAUUAUUGAUGAAGAUGAUGGGGAGUUAAAACGACUGAGACAUGAUUGGGGCGAGGAUCCAUACGCCGCCGUUGUCAAUGCAUUGCUGGAACUAAACGAGUACAACCCCAGUGGGCGGUAUGUAGUUCAAGAACUUUGGAACUUUAAGGAGGGAAGAAAGGCCAGUUUGCAGGAGGUGAUACAGUGCAUGGCUCAGGAGUUGAAGAAUACUGAGGCUUACAAGCGUAGGAUGUGAUUGAACGUCGAUAGAUUCCUGCACUUGGUUUUGCUUUGGCAUGUAAAUUAUUGUCUG